UAUAAAUAUUUUUAAGUUAUUUUCCUUAAUUUGUGUACCAAACACGAAAAAUGAGUAAGAUUAUACUUGUUUUUCAAGAAAACAUUUUUCACGAAAAACAUUUUUCGUUAUACCAAACCGACCCUUAGUUCUUAAAAUUUUAUUUAGAAACAAAGAGUUUUUAUGUUUGAUAGCUUAAAUCCUGAAUCCAAUAUUGGACGUUAUGGUAUUAGCAAGAAGUUGUAGGACUGGUACUAUGUAAUGACGAAGAAAUCUAGUUAUAUGUGCUUCUGAUUACAACCUUUCUGCUCCUCAUUAUUCUUUGAUUAGGAGAUUCGAUCUUGUAGAUGUUUCAUUAAUAUUUGUUAUUUGUCUAUUAACUUGUAUUGGAUAAACUGUGACAGCUUAGAAACAAGAUAACGCUGAAGAAUACUGGAGAUUAAAAUUAAGCUGUAGUAGUUUCUUCUUUAAAGAAGCUGGUGCGGAGUUAGGGUUGAGUUGUAUGGUUUUAUCUCUGCAUAAAUCGGAAAAUGGCUCGAAGGUUUUCUCGCCUUUGUACGGUUGCCUGCAUGUACAGAUCAAUUGCUGGAGUCAAAUUGCAACCACCAAUCUUGCCCUGCACAUUCCAGUCUUGUCCACGCACUGUUCUCCAUGGCUAUUGUUAUCCUAUGCUCCAACUUCAAGCAUUGAGAUCAUAUGCACGUAACAGACGUUCCAAUUAUGAUCUAUUUGGUGGCGGUAUACCUAAACCAGAUGAGUUUAAGAAAGCCUGGGCAAAACAAAUGGAUGACGAAGAGAGACGUCUUUGGACAGCAAGUGAAGAUGAAAGUGACUCCGAUAAAACUGAUAGUCAUAGCCGUCUCAAGAAAGAUAUUAGGAAAGCUAAACAACGAGCAAAAGAGCAAGACGGUCCUAUUGAUGCAGAUGAUAGUGACGAACUGAGAAGUCUGUGGUCCGAUAGUGAUGAAGAGAAGACAUUAUGGACCGGUAGUGAAGGAGAUGAUGAUGAUGAUAUUCCAACUGAACCAUAUCCGAAUGAAAAGAGUGAUAGCUACAUUGAUAAACUGUUUGAAUUUGAGGAAAAACCUCAAUAUAGAACGCUCUCUGAAGCCUUGAAAUCUGAGCAGGAACCUGAAGAGUUAUCUCCUGGAAAGCAAGCUAGAAAAAUUGCAGUGGAAAAUGCCCUUAAGAAAUUGAAAAAAGGACCUGAUGGGCGUUACAUCAAUGUUUGGGAGGUUAUGAGCGAUGUGGACAUUCUAAUUGGUGCUUUUGAGAACAUCAUUUCAGGGCCAGAAUACGCCGAACUGAGACAGGGAGGACCUAAGAAAUUGAAUAUGCAGUUUUUCAAAGAUAUACAAGCUCGUAUGAGAGAUCCAAACUAUAAGUUCUCUCCUGAAAUGAAAUUGAAACCAAAGAGCAAAGUGGUACCUAGAAAGAAAUGGCAGAAAGCAGAGUCUAGGCGUAGGAAAGCACGGAAACGAUAGCUUCAAAGAGGUGCCAUUUCUUUUAGCAUCUAAACAUUAUACCAAUAGAUUUAUGUCUUAGGCGCUGAUACCAAGUCUCUUUAGCUAUUAGAUCAGAGAUAAUUCAGGUCUAGAAGAUUUGUCAGCAGUUGGUGGACUUGCUUACUGCUUUCUGUAAAUUGUUUAUGAUUGCUCUUAUGUAGGCAUUUUACUUAGAUUACUUAUUCUUGCUACUGAAUAGGAACCAGAAUUUCAUAACUAACACUUUGAGAUA